AGAAUGGACUCGAAGCCGGGUUGAAACGCUAUAUACAGAGUCUAAAGAAAGUGUAUUUAGCACGCGGUUCGCGAUUUGACGUCGCCACGCGAAAAGAAAACAGUUUUAUCUUGGCGGAAGAUUGCGAAACUCGUGGACAAUGAUUCGCGCGAGACACUCGUCGGUGUUGGUGACUGUGAGUGCUAUUGUUAUUCACCUGUGCCUCAUCCUGAGUCCAGUGGAGCCCCAGGCGCCAUCAUCUGGAACCGGAGACGGAGUUAGUGGCGGCCGAGCUCAGGCACCGCCGCCGUUUUUGUUCGCCCAAGCGCCGGCAGCUGGCAACGCGGCGACUUUCUUCGCCAACCAGCAAGGCACCCAAAAAUCUGCCAUCAGCAAAGAGGGGACCAAAAUCAACAAUGAAAGGGAUCGAUUCAUCAUGAGCGUCUUCGAGUCCCUGUUGUCAACGAUGGAUGCGAAGCUCAGGCGUGUGGAAAAUCUAGACAAGGCCGUGGAACAUCUAAUGCGAAAGAUGGAAACCAUCAACAGCAGGGUGAACCGGAAUAUUGAAAAAACUGAACAGGUUCUCUCCAAGCUGCGAUCGUUCGAUUCGAAGCUCUACAACGUCGGCAACGGCAAGGCCGUGGAAAGCCUCGACAGCCGACUGGUAGCUUUCGACGAGAAGAUGAACAUCAUCGACAGCAAGCUGAAUGCCCUCGCAGAGGACAACAAAGCAGCCCCCCGCAACCGGGUCGGGGUCAAGAAGCUCAUAGUCAACACGUACCCCUCGGGCUCGGAGGAAGUCCUCAAAACCGCGGCUUCCGAGCGUCGUCAGUCCGCAGUGCGGCUCAACUCGGACUUGCCCGUCGAGACUGUUUUCAGCGCCCCCGCCGGCGAAGUGAAUGCGACCGACAACGCCUUCGGGAGCAAUUCGUCGCCCGCCAGCAGAAAGUCUAGUGCGGAAUUGGUCGCAGCGGAGUUGCAAGACGAUUUCGCGGUCGUCAAGAACUCGGUGAACCGGAUCGAGGCGCGGCUGACGGCUUUGACGGGGGUCAUGUGGCCGAAGCUGGGCUACUUGAUCCGUUCCGUGGCCGAAAUUCAUGGUGCCAUCGUAGAUGACAGUCUGUUAUAUGGGAAACAACAGGGUUUAGACGAAGGCCAGGAAGUAGAAGCUUCAGAAAGCCUCGGAGUGAUGCUGAACCUAACGUCGACGCAAAGUCCGUCGACACCGACGACGACGACGACGGCAUCCUCAGUUCGACGACAGCGACAGAAGACGAAACGUGCCGGCGGUACGGGCGACGGCGGGGCUCGAAUGUCGAGAAUUGAUCAGCUCAUGAACCGUGUCGACCCCCUGGCGUCGGUGUCGCAGAAAAUGGAAGAGGUCUGGAAUGUUGUCGUCGGCACCAAGAGCACCGUCGACAAUCUCGUGCCUAAAUCCCAGCAGCUGCUCGACAAGACGCAACGUCAGGAGAGAGCCAUUUCAAUCAUACACACUGAUCUGACAAACAUGGCUGACCAGAUAAUCGGGAACCUGUACGAAGUGGAGAAGACCCUCAAGAGGACCGGUUCGACGUCGGGCAAGUCGAGCACCGGUGACAAGAUUGCGCGGUUCCCGGGUGACGAGUUGCCGUCGGGUGCCGGCGAAGCGACGAGUCUGUUCGACGCUGGGCCAUUCAUUCACUCUGAUGUCGAUUCCGUGCCCCUGGUGCCCAUACUGGAACCCUCGUCUAUCCCGACCGGAAGCACCGGGGCCAACGCCAGGAGGAAAGACGGAUUCCUCACUGGCCUCGAUCAGAAUACCGUAAAUGGCAUACCUGGGAUACCAAUGCCCGCACCCCAUGGCAAAUCUCCGAGUGUCGUUUUCCCGAGCAUCGAGAGGAAACCUGCUUUCAUGGGUUCCAACACUUCAGCUGAAAGUGCACUGAGAGAUCAGGCCUACAAGGCAUAUUCUUGCGCGGAUCUGUACAAGAGGGGAGUCAGGACGAGUGGCGUUUACUAUGUGCAAAUUCGUGGCACGACGUACUGGUACCUCAAGGUCUUCUGCAACAUGGACGUGAAUGACGGCGGAUGGACUGUCAUUCAGCGCCGAGAUGAUUACGGUGAGCCGAGGGAGUCGUUUAACCGAGAUUGGGACGAUUACAAGCACGGUUUCGGUGACGUUGCCAAGGAGUUCUGGUUGGGCAACGAAAACAUUUUCAUGCUUACCAAUUCCGAGGAAUGCAUGCUGCGCAUUGAGCUUGAAGACUUUGAGGGCAACAAGCGAUUUGCCGAGUACUCCACGUUCAAGCUUUACAGCGAGAAAGACAAUUACAAACUGGUCGUUGGUGGAUACGAGGGCAAUGCGGGAGAUGCUCUCAAUGACCCUUGGUACGGAAGCAAUCUCAGCCCAUUCUCGACGUACAAUAGGGACAAUGAUCGCAGUAGCCUGAACUGCGCCUCGAUGCUGAAGGGCGGCUGGUGGUGGCGUUCCUGUGGUCGAGGUUUGAACGGACUCUACAUUUCUGACCCGAACGACCUGCAGGCCAGACAAGGCAUUGUGUGGUUCAGAUGGCGUGGCUGGGAUUACACCCUUCGCAGAGCGUCACUAAUGAUUCGUCCGAAAUCGUUUUUCUACAAUGACACAGCAACCGAAGUCGACGCAGUGAUGUCGCUGUACAUUUCAGUCAAAUCCGUUCGGGUUAGUACGAAGCAGCUGCACUCUCUCCCGACCUUGCUGGCAAUGGGAACAGCGAAGCGCGGGAAAAACGCGUCCUGCGUAGUUCGCAGGCAGCUGCUUUCGAACGCCGUCACCGGGAAGAGCGUAAUGCAUACGCGAGCGCUUCGUGGCGUACCGCGCAGAAUAACUCCAAGCGGCGAGAACCGCUGCGAUCCUUUCGUAGCGGCCGGUCAGCGGCUGUGCUGGCUGGCCGCUCUUGAACGAGCUCACAUGUGCUUAAUGAGCCAAUACACCUCACGGCACCUGUGGCUUCAGGCGAACGGAAGAAGGUUGUGA